UGUGAAUGUGCCUGUGCGUGUGCGUGUGUAUGUGUGUGUCUAAAACAGGUAAAUGAGGAAGUAACACGUCGCUCCCGUGUGAUGUUGCUCAUCGCGUCACGGGAAGUCAGUGUAAACCCGGAAGAAAAGAUGGCGACCGCCUACGAGAGGUUUAAGCUGCACGCCGCGCCUGACAAGUUCUACAUCGAGGCCUGCGAUGAAGGCGCUAAAGACGUGCUCGUCAUCGACAGGGUUUCCAUGGAGAUGACUCUCACGGGAGUGAUAAACAUCCCGCCGUCAUCAGCCACCAGACACAUCUACGGCAUCAUGGGAACUAUCCGCCUCGUGGCUGGGACGUACCUCGUCGUCAUCUCCAAGAAGAAGAAAGUAGGCGACCUGUUUGGCCACGCGGUGUGGAAGGCCAUGGAGUUCGACCUCAUACCCUACAAGAAGACCACGUUACACCUCACAGAAACCCAGAUGCAGGACAACAAGAUGUUCCUGUCCAUGAUCAGCAACGUUCUGAACACGGACGGCUUCUACUUCUGCACCGACUACGACCUGACACACACACAGCAGCGCCUCGCCAACACCAGCCCUGACUUCCAGGAGAUGAGCCUGCUCGAGAGAGCUGAUCAGAGGUUUGUGUGGAACGGAAACCUGUUGAGAGACUUCACUGCACAGCCUGAGCUCCACAAGUUCACUUUUCCUGUCAUCCACGGCUUUAUUGUCAUGAAGCCGUGCUGCAUUAACGGCAAGAUAUUCGAAUGGAUCCUCAUCUCCAGGAGGAGCUGCUUCCGAGCCGGUGUGCGCUACUACGUCCGAGGGAUCGACUCGGAAGGACACGCCGCUAACUUUGUCGAAACGGAACAGAUAGUGCAGUAUAAUAACAGCAGAGCCUCCUUCGUGCAGACUCGAGGCUCCAUGCCUUUCUUCUGGUCUCAGAGACCCAACCUGAAGUACAAGCCCAAGCCGCAGAUCAGCAGCAGCACCAAUCACCUCGAUGGAUUUCAGAGACAUUUUGACUCCCAGGUCCUCAUUUAUGGGAAGCAAGUGAUUUUGAAUUUGGUCAAUCAGAAGGGUUCAGAGCUGCCUCUCGAGCAGGCGUUUGCCAAAUUGGCAAAUAACAUGGAUAAUGGGAGCAUCAAGUACAUAGCCUUUGAUUUCCAUAAGGAGUGCAGUAAGAUGAGGUGGUAUCGCCUGCAGAUCUUGGUGGACGCCGUGGCUGAGAUGCAGGACGAAUUUGGGUACUUCAUGCUGAACUCGGACAGGAAGGUGGUGGUGGAGCAGAGUGGAACAUUCCGCAGUAACUGCAUGGACUGUCUGGAUCGUACCAACGUGAUUCAGAGUCUUCUGGCUCGCCGUUCUCUACAGAGCCAGCUUCAGAGGAUGGGAGUCCUUCACGCCGGCCAGAAGAUUGAAGAGCAAGCUGAUUUUGAGAAGAUCUACAAGAACGCCUGGGCUGACAACGCUAACGCAUGUGCUAAACAGUACGCAGGAACCGGAGCACUAAAGACCGACUUCACCAGGACCGGGAAAAGGACUCACUGGGGUUUGCUGAUGGACGGCUGGAAUUCCAUGAUCCGUUAUUACAAAAACAACUUCUCAGACGGCUUCAGACAAGACUCCAUCGAUCUCUUCCUUGGCAACUAUUCAGUAGAUGAAUCGGAGAGUCUGACACCACUUCAAAUGCAGAAAGGCUGGAAAUUCCUCACGUUACCGGUCAUCUUGCUGGUGGCCUUCUCCAUGUGCAUCCUGUGCCUGUUUAUGGCUGGUGACACAUGGACAGAGACGCUCGCCUACGUGGUGUUCUGGGGCACAGCCUGCGCUCUCACCGCUGCAGUCAUCCUCUUUAACGGGAAGGAAUUUGUUGACGCUCCCAAGCUGGUCCAGAAAGAGAAGAUGGACUGAACGUAGCUCUCCUUUUCUUCCGCUCUGUCGUCUUCUUCCUCCUCUUCCUCUUUCUGCAGUCUGUACUGAUCUGCUCUUGUCCUGUAUGUGCAGUCUGCCUCUUUUAUUACAGACGUAACCUCAUAAACCCACUUGGAACAGGGUCCAAUGAUAUAAUCAUUCAACACUAAAAACAAAUCAAGGGAAAAAAAAAAAAAAAAAGAGUCCGUUGACGUCAGUUACGAAGAAUAAAUACUAGUUUGUAAAAAAAAUAUAUCUAGAUAUUUACAGACUGUGUUACUAUUGAAACUAAGUCACUAAAUGUAAAUUUAAACGAAAUCAAAUUUGAUCCAAAUUGUAGGUGAACUGAAUCUUUAAAGCAUUUUCAGUAAUAUUCAUCAUGUCCCAUAAGUCCAGCACCAUAACAGGAAUGAAUAAAUAAAUAAAUAAACAAAUACAUGCUCAAUAGGUCCAACAUGAUGAUGCGUUUUCUCAAACAGAUACAUCAAGGUCUGUAUCUGAAAAUAUAAACCUCUACACCAACCCUAUGAUGCUGAACUAAUGGGAGCCUUAAUAUCGAAGAACAACUCCAAAAAUAUCCACACAGUCUAUUAUUAUGAUAGAAAUCCAGUUCUGUAAGACCUUGUCGGACUCAGGCAGUUUACACAGCACAAAGUUCUUCAGUGGACCAGUUUGUUGUAUCUCACAGAUUUACUGAGCAAUAUCGUAGUUACCAAAGUUAUCUCGGUUCUUUUGCCAUUCUGCUGCCUAGACGUGUAAAGUCACCAGUCAUCGAGAACAAAGGUACCGUAUGUUGUCGUCUAGAUCGACGUUGUUAAGGAUACAGCACUUUAGCCACUUUAUUCAGAACAUCUGGAACCGCUGUUCAUUCAGGCUUCAUAUAGUUAUUCGGUCAUGUUCUUGACUUCUCAAGGUUUUAUCAAGCUUGAGUUGCUUUUCUGACUAUUUGAGUUAGCGUAACCUUCCUGUCAGCUCAGGCCAGUCCGUCCGUUCACCUCUGAACGCCUCUCAUCGCUAAGAUUUUUUUCCUUUUUAUUUUUUCCAUGUUGUUUCGGGACCACCAUUUUUUUUUUUUUUUUUUUUUUUUUUUUUUUUCCAUGCUGCUGCCUCAUGAUUGGCUGAUUGCAGGAAUGAACAGGAUACUCGGAGUGUUCCCAAUAAAGUGGCCAGUGAGUGUAUGCUUUUACCUGUGAAAGUCUGUUCUUCUUCAAAAAAGAAGAAAAGUACCUUUCUAUCUGAAAGUAAAAGCCAUAACGCCGCUCUAUGACUGUACGUUCGCCGAAUAAAAGGGGUACUAAAGGUGUACCUUUCCUUGAAGCUGAAAAAAAGUCAUCCUUAUCUUUAUACCUUUUGGUACUGUGUGUCUUUCACCUGGAUAUAGUGUUAAUACGCACCUGUCCAUGGUACUGAAAUAGAUCUGCAACAGUACCCGGGUAGCACCAGAAAGAAAAGGUAUAGUUUAAUACCCCCUUUAUCAGCCCCGAGAGUGGAAAACUGGGCCGAUUUCUAUCUAACCACGUACAAUUAAUUCUCCACAAGACUCCGUACUUACACAUCUCUUGUUUUACCUCUUCCUCUUUUUUCCACUUCGAUUCUAGUUUUGCCUUUUUGUUCAGUGUCAUAAGGAAAAAGGCUAGAACUUCGAUGCAGAUGUUUAAUUAGUCGAGUAAGUUUGUCGGUUCUCUCAGCACUUUACUGAUGAUUUCCGUUCCUGGAAAACAACACUAAGAGGUUUAUGACACACGAGCACGUUCCCUCCUAACGGCUUCGAUACAGAAACGAGGGUGACGGUGAAAUUUUAUUACGUUACAGAAUUCCACUUCUUUUCUGCUUUUUUUUUCACUUCCUAUUUAAUCAUUUGGGGAAAUUUCUGUCUUGUCUUGAAAUGUUUUUUUUUUUCCUUAAGGGCACUGAAAAUGAAUGUGUGUUCUGUCUAGAUUGUUUAGGAUUAUCAAAUUUAUCUUGGCAUAAUUAAUGAACACACACACACACACACACACACACACACACUAGUACUUCAGAUUUAAAUUCAGUAAACGUAAACCUCACUCAUAUUCUCGGCUAGAAAACAGACGAUUACAAGUUUCAGCACAAAGCCAUGAGUAAUCCUGAUCAUUUGUUUGAGCUGCACUUUGUAAAUUGUACAUCGGUAUAAUAAAAGCAUCAGUUCUAAAUAGGACAUUGUUAUUAUGUACUGUACUGUACUGUAAUGUAUGGUUUACAAUUAGCAUCAAAUUGCCUAGAACAGAUCACACUCCUGAUCCGCAGCUAUGAUACAACAUUCUCGCCCAAAUGAUCCAGAAUGUAGUAUAAUACGAUCGUUGUAUUUUUUUUGGACUGUUCUGAAAAAAUUUACUCUUGCUUCAUUCCAAGAGGUCACAUACGCCUCACUUGUUAACUUUGUAAUAAAAUGUCUGAUUGAUGUGUGUGAGUGCAGAGACAGUCAGUGUCACGAUUCACACAUGCACCUUCCCACCGAUCACACAAGUGAUAUUCUGGAUUAAAUAUGUGUCCAGAGUCAUGCAUGGUCUUUUAAUCAUAGGGUGUUAGGAGCAUGGGGUUUAUUAGGAACACCGAUACGCCUGCUCGGUCAUAAGCUCAUGUAGCCUGCACCUACUGUAGCCUCUGAUUCCUGCACAUCCUGACGGGAGUGUUGUAACUCAUCCACCUCGAGGUUUAAAUAACAAAUGUAGGGGUUUUGUAGCAGGGUGUAAAUACUUAUACAAUUGGAAGUUUUACAUUUUUAAUUUGUAAAUCAGUUUGCAAACAAUAAUGAUUUCAUCCACUAAAAUAUUACAAGAUUUUUUUUUUGGCUAUAAAAAAAACGGGAUAUUUUCCCUGUCCAGAUUAUGUGCCUGCUGUAGCCGGCUGUUCUUUCUGACAGAAGUGGAACCCAAUUCUGCACGUCAAGGUUUGCUGUAGAUCCUGAGUUCCUUUUCUGCUCACCACGGAUGUAAACUGUGGUUAUUUGAGUUACCGUAGCCUUCCUGACAGCUCUGACCAGUUUGGCUGUUCUCCUCUGAGCUCUGUCAUCAACAGGAUGUUCCUGUUGCACAUAUGAUGCUCACUGGAUGUUUUUUGUUUUUCUGUGUUAACUCAAAAUCAGGGGGACACGGUGGCUUAGUGGUUAGCACAUUUGCCUCACACCUCCAGGGUUGGGGGUUUGAUUCCCGCCUCGCCUUGUGUGGGUGGAGUUUGCAUGUUCUCCCCGUGCCUCGGGGGUUUCCUCCGGGUACUCCGGUUUCCUCCCCCGGUCCAAAGACAUGCAUGGUAGGUUGAUUGGCAUCUCUGGAAAAUUGUCCGUAGUGUGUGAGUGCGUGAGUGAAUGAGUGUGUGUGUGUGCCCUGCGAUGGGUUGGCACUCCGUCCAGGGUGUAUCCUGCCUUGAUGCCCGAUUACACCUGAGAUAGGCACAGGCUCCCCGUGACCCGAGGUAGUUCGGAUAAGCGGUAGAAAAUGAAUGAACGAAUGAACUCAAAAUCAGAGAAGAUGAAACGUUCCUCAAAUCAGCCCAUUUGGCACCGACAAACAUUCAGUGGUCAAAUUUACUGAUCAUUUAUGUGUAUUAUUAACUGAAGCUCCCGAGCCGUAUCCGCACGAGUUUAUUUAUGGUGCAGGCUGCAACCUGAUUGGCUGAAGGGAUAAUUGCAUGAAUGAACGUAUGUGUAGUUGAUCCUAAUAAAGUGCUCAGUGAAAUGUAUGGUUUAUAUACAGAAUAACACACUUAGAGGCAUGUGCCUGUAGAAAAAUAAUGAAAUAAUGGUGUUGCCUAUUUUCACAUUGGAUACAGGAUUUUUUUUUCAGCACAUCUUAGUGUUUUAUUCCUUUUACUCCACAGCAAUUGAGGUUUUGUUCAUUAUUUAUUAACGACUGCUGAUGAAUGCAGUUAUAAUUACUUUGUACUAAAAAACUGUGCAAGAUUUCCCUCCAAAUGUUUCAGCUUUUCGACUUGCACAAACAAGCUGCUGUUACAAUGAAAUAUAGACCCAGAUACUGCACAGAGGGUCCAUCUGUAAUCAAUUACCAUCGACGUCAAACCUAACGGAGUGUAUGUACAUUAUAUCAAUAUUAAAACAAAUAAGCAUUA